GCACUAUCUACAACAUUAUUCAAUUUCUACGACGAUACAACGCACAAGGUGUGGAAAUUUCCCAGUAAGUACGAAAAGGUAAUUAUAAUUCAUACCAGUUGAAGAAGGAAAAUGACUUCUAUUUAGACUCAUCCAAAAAUUAGGAGAGUCUUUCCAUAACUCAGUAUACUCCGUAAACCAACUCCCAGCCCCACUUCCACCGUCGUUUUGAUCAAUUUGCUCCGACUUCUGCUGCCGAAAAUGGGUCUGAAAGGACGGAAGCCGGCGAUCGGAAUCGAUCUCGGAACGACCUAUUCAUGCGUGGGUAUCUGGAAGAACGAUCGUGUGGAGAUUAUUGCUAAUGAUCAAGGGAACAGGACUACCCCUUCUUGUGUUGCUUUUACUGAGAAUGAGAGUAGUGUUGGUGAAGCUGCUCAUUACCAGGCUGCCCUUAAUCCACUUAACACCGUCUUCGAUGCGAAGAGAUUGAUUGGGAGAAAGUUCAAUGACGAGUCCGUACAGAGUGAUAUGAAAUUAUUGCUGGUAAGGAGGAUAGGCCAAUUGUUGUGGUUAAUAGCAAGGGGACAGAGAAGCAAUUCACUAUCGAAGAGAUUUCUUCAAUGGUCCUUACGAAAAUGAGAGAGAUCGCUCAAUCAUUUGUCGGAACAAAUGUGGAGGAAGCGGUUAUUACAGUGCCUGCUUAUUUCAAUGAUUCUCAGCGUCAGGCAACCAAGGAUGCUGGAACCAUUGCUGGCCUCAACAUACUUCGGAUCAUCAGUGAACCAACAGCUGCUGCCAUUGCCUACAGUCUACACAGUGAGUCCAUCGUUACAGGCAAGAAGAAUGUUCUUGUUUUUGAUCUGGGUGGUGGUACUUUUGAUGUCAGUAUUGUCACAAUUAAAGCUGGUAAGUUUGAAGUCAAGGCCACUGGUGGUGAUACUCACCUUGGUGGGGAGGAUUUUGACAGUCAAAUGGUUGAUUUCUGUGUUGGAGAGUUCAAGAGGAAACACAAUAAGGAUAUCAGUUUAAAUCCUAGAGCCAUGCGGAGAUUGAGAACAGCUUGUGAGAGGGCCAAGAGGGUCUUGUCCUCAUCUCUUGAAACAAGAAUUGAGAUUGAUGCAUUGUUGGAAGACAUUGACUUUUCAGCCACUGUUACUCGGGCUAAAUUUGAGGAGCUGAAUAUGAGUUUGUUCGCAAAAUGCAUGGAGACAGUCGUAACAUGUUUGGAGGAUGCUAAAUUGUACAAGUUUGCUGUGGAUGAUGUAGUCAUAGUGGGUGGUUCAAGUAGGAUUCCGAAGAUUCAGCAAUUAUUGCAAGAGUUAUUCGAUGGAAAGGAGCUAUGCAAAAGGAUUAAUCCGGACGAAGCUGUGGCAUAUGGCGCAGCUGUUCAAGCAUCGAUCUUAAGUGGCUGGAGCAAUGAUGUCAAGAAUCUUAAAGAUUUUAAACUGGUGGAAGUUGCACCAUUAUCUUUAGGUGUCCAAGAUAAAGGACAAGUCAUGUCUGUCUUUAUUCCUAGAAACACCAGCAUUCCAACCAAAAAGAAGAAAGUAUUUACCACCACGGUGGACGACCAGGUUGAUGCGCCAAUUCGAGUAUUCGAAGGAGAGAGAGCAAAGUCAUCAGACAACAUUUUUCUAGGUGAAAUGAUCCUCGACCUACAGCCAGCCCCUAGAGGAGUACCAAAAUUUGACAUAUCCUUUGAUUUGGAUGCCAAUGGCAUUCUGAAUGUCAUUGCCAGAGAUAGGGCUACAGGCCAAGAGAAGAACAUGGGUUUAAAGAGUGGAAGGUUAUCUAGCCUGGAAAUUGAAAUGAUGAUAAAAGAAGCCCAGAAAUUCAAGGCUGAAGAUGAUGAGUUCAAAAAGAGAACAGCUGCGUGGAAUGUACUUGAGUAUUAUGCUUAUAAAAUGAGGGCUGCCAUAUCAUUGAAGAAGUCUUCAGCAUACAAGAAGAAGGUUGAGGAUGCAAUUGAAGAAGUGUGUCAGUGGUUGAAUGCUAAUAAGCAUGCCGAGGUUCAGCAAAUUGAGAAGAAGAAAAAGGAGUUAGAAUGCGUUUGCAAGCCAAGUGCUCUCACCAAACUGAUGGAAAAAUUCAAGAGAAAUAAGAUACCUCAACUGUAAGUAUUUAUUUAGACUUCCAGAGAUUAGUGCUUAUAUCAUCCAGCCAACUAGUAAGGUAACUGGGCCACUGUGCUUAUACUAUCUAGCAGGAAAUCACCUGAAAUUCUGUGUUGUACAUAGCUAAUGCAUGGAAGAAUCCAAGUGAAAAUGGUUUGCGAAACCGGUGUCCCAAAUUAGUUUUAUGUUUUCUCUCCCAAGCCUUCAUUCUGCUUAAGUUUGUCAUCUGUUUUUAUUCGUGAGCCAUUGAAAAGUUUAUUUGUUAAAAUAUGGGAGUCAGAAUGAACCAAAAAAAUGCAAUGUGACGUACACAUCCUUAUAAUUCCGGCACUCCUCCGGCGUCCUGGCAUGAAAGUGCAUUGCAAUGUGACUAUAUUCGAAUUGUCCAAACUCUGUUUUGCUUCUCAACUACAGCUACAUUUGUUUCCUUAUUCAUGAGCUGAAGCGCGGAGAUCUCUUCCAACUCCCAAGCGAGUUAAUCCAUUUCUUUUUUUUCGAUACAACAAAAAAGCAGCUUAAUUAGUCUAAUGACUGAGCUGAGUUUGAUCCUAAGUUUCAAGUUACA